AUGGCUAUUGCCCUGGUCAGCGAUUCGCAGAUCCACCAGAUGAAGGAGGUGACAGCCUACUUUGCUGAGGUGAAGCUGGGCGACAAGGAGGGCCCCUGGCACGCAUUCUGGGCGCAGAAGGGCACGAACACCGACUUCGAGGACGCGUGCGAGAUCAAGGAGAUCAAGCACAGGAUCGAGGAGACAAUGACGAUCUAUCGCAACCAAACCAUCGGCAUCUACCACGCGCAGGGCCAGAAGGAUGGUAAACCUGCACUUCCCAGGGGCGGCCUCUACGGCGACCGCUACUGCGAGAUCGCCGAGUUCCAGAAGAAUCAUCCCAAGGACCUCAGCUCCGACAGCUUAAACGACGAAAACGACGACGACGACGCUGACAAUUCCGAGUCAUUCAACGUGGCCGUCUACGUGAUGGACCUCAGGCGCGGCUCCAAGCACCAGGUCAUCAAGCUGUGCAGGUUUGUGCAUGGUGCCUAUGGCGGUAAGCUGCCUACCCCAGUGCGCUUCCUGAAGCAGAUGCCCCUUGGCAAGCUCGGGUUCGAACCAACUCGCGACAAGGUCCGCGACGUGAAGCUCUGGUAG